ACAGUUACCGACUGGACCUAGGCGCGCGCAUCAACUUCAUUUUGCGAGAUUUUAUUGGCCUUUCGCAGUUUUUUUUCCUCGCGGGAGCUGACGCGGAGGUCCCAUCCAGCUCACGUUUAUUCGUUCAUGUGUAGCGAGGCGCCUGUUACUGCGUGGCAGGGUGGCCGCGAGCGUCUCCUAACUGUCCGCUGGCUCCCGCAGCUUGUCGCAGCUGAAGAAAAUAGAGUCAGUUGCCAACCGAGCCGUCGGCGGCGCCCCCCUCCGAGCCGUCGCCUGGCGCCUCGCUGUGGAUUCGAACGCCGUCAUGGAGCGUUGACUUGGAUAUCUGGGGGGGCUUUCUUUAAGGUGAAUGCGAGACAUUUCUGGCAGAAGACUUGGGUGGCUAACACCGAGUAGCUACAUAACCCCAACUCGUGCGACGACAGCUGUCAUUUGAGAAAGGAAAGUGAUCCCCCCCUCCGCUCCUCCCAAAUGCGUGUGCCAGGGAACUGCUUUUCUGACGGAUUUAAACCAGCACUCCUUGCAUCAAAUGGGCAAAGUUGGAAGUAACCUUGCGGCGCUGGAAUAUAACGAGACGCGCGAUGCGUUUUUGAGAGCUGCGCUUCAUCGGAGAGAGGCUAGCUAGCUUCAUUAGCUUGCUAGCUAGCUAGCUGGCUGGUUAAUCAAACCUUGACGUUUCAUCUCCCCCGGCCGUUCUGGACAUGACGAGGAUAAUUCGCUAUUCUUAGGGGCUGGAAGAAUGUCAUCAGAGGAACAGACUGUGGAACCCUCUGACCAGGGACCCUCACCACCCUCCAGCUGUGCAGGGGCCACUUCCACAGGGAGUCCCGCUCAUGCCGACAAGCGACCACGUGGCAGGCCACGCAAGGAUGCUGCCGCCUGUCUACCCCAGGCGCUACUCACAGCCUCCUCUAAGAACAGAAAGAAGGGCCGCACCAGAGGUAGGGCUAUCAUGGACGAUGAGGACAGCAUGGAUGGAACAGAGAUAACAGAGCCCAUUGGCCCUCAGGACAUAGAAACAGAAGUCCAAGCAGGGGAGACUGUGGAAGUGGUGAGCAGUGAUGCACCAGAGGAGGACCCGCUCUCUCCUCCUCCUACGGCCCAGAGCCCUCCACUCGAGACUCUAGCAGGACCGUCGGUUCCAGGAAGUAGAGGAGUCCAAAGCAGUGAGCAUCUUUGUGCCUUCUGUUACUGUGGGACUCAUAGCCUGUUGGGUCAGGGGGAGCUGCGAGUGUUCAGCACCACGCUCUCCCUCGACGAGCUCCUCAGACACAAAGAUGGAGAGGACUCGAUGAGCAAUGGCGGCAAAGAUGUUGGGUCCACUGAGCCACACGUGGCUGGCGAGACCACCUCAGGACAACAGGAUCUUACUAACGGGUCUGAAAGCAGCGAGGGAGAUCCAGACCCAGCGAGUCGAUUUUGGGAGGAGCUCUCUCAUGUCGGCCUUCCACGAGAUCUCAACGUCCGGUCUCUCUUUGAGUCAGGGCAAUGCUGGGCACAUCAGAGUUGUGCUUCAUGGUCCGAAGGUGUUUGUGAGGGCGAGGGACAAUCGCUGCUUAAUGUGGACAGAGCCAUUGACUCAGGGAGCACAAAGCACUGUGCAUACUGUAAGCGCCUUGGAGCAUCCAUUAAGUGCUGUGCAGAGGGAUGUAUUCAACUCUACCAUUACCCCUGUGCGGGGGCAGCAGGGGCCUUUCAGGAUAUCAGGAGGCUGUCACUCCUCUGCCCAGAACACAUUGAUUUGGCCAUGCAUAAAUUUGUUGACGAUGCAAAUUGCGCGCUAUGCGACAGCCCAGGGGAUCUACUGGACCAACUCUUCUGCACCAGUUGUGGACAGCAUUAUCAUGGCAUCUGCCUGGACAUGGCUGUGACCCCUCUUAGGAGGGCUGGGUGGCAGUGUCCUGAGUGCAAAGUCUGCCAGACAUGCAAGAACCCAGGAGAGGACACUAAAAUGCUGGUAUGUGACAUGUGUGACAAAGGCUACCAUACAUUCUGUCUGCAACCUGCCAUGGACACUCUUCCCACCAAUGGGUGGAGAUGUAAGAACUGCAGGGUAUGCAUCCAGUGUGGAACCCGAACCAGCGGCUUGUGGCACCACACCAGCUUGCUGUGUGAGAAUUGUGUCCAAAACCAGGAUCCCGCUCUGAGCUGCCCUAUGUGUGCCUGCAUCUUAGACCCUGAGCAUCACAAAGACUUACUCCUCUGCCAUACUUGUAAGAGAUGGCUUCACCUUGAGUGUGAGCGUCAGAACACAGGCCAAGCAGAAAACCACCCCAGAGAGGACUUCGUUUGCUCCAACUGCAGGUCUCCCACUGCAGUGCGGGCGCUCCAAGCAGAGGAUAUGGACACUGGCCCAGAGCUUUGCCCUCAUCCAACCUCAAUGCACACAGACUCUGAGACUGGCUCACAGCUGGCUCAAAAGCACAUGGACCUUGAACCUGGCAUUCGGCAGCUUCCUGAAAUGCACGACCCCAAACCGGAAUUACUCGCUGCGCCAUUGCCCUCGGAUCCACAAGCUGUUGAGGAUGCCGUCCUGGACGAGAAGCCAGCCAUGUCUGUCCAAGAGCCUGAUGUCUCCCUGGGACCAGACAUUGAGUGUGAGGUGUACGGACCCAGAGAAUUUAAACCAGAAAUUGAACCAGCAGCAAGAACCCAGGUCAUAUCUGCGGACAGUCCUGUGGCUUCAGUAAUUCUGAGCCCAGAACGUCUGAUGGAGGCACAACCGACACAGGAAAUCGCUUUACAAAGCAAGCCAGCAAAUACAGAGACCUCCCCCGAGCAGGGCACGGUCACCCCCAGCACAAAGGAUUUUAAGGCCAUCAUCUCAACCACCAAAGAACUAAGUACUGUAUCAGUACCUCUCACGGACCAACCAAUGGAAGUCUCACUAUCCCAGGCUUUGUGUAUGGAUGUAGCCAUGGCUUCGUUUUUAGAAAGUACUCCAAAAGACCUUAAGGACAGGGUGGAGGGCAGUUUCCAUCAGUCCUCAGCCUCUGCUACGUCAGUGGAGCUUGACACGGCACGAGAGAUGCCACAUCUUUCUUUUCCCAGCCUGUCUAUGGAGGAUAAAACACUCAAGACAACUGUAGAGCAGUUGGCAGAGAUGGUUGCCGCUCCUUCCCAUUCCAUGCCCGUGGCCCGAGUGAUGACUACCAGAGAAUCCCCCCAGACGUUUGGUGACCACAGCAUUGUAAUACCCACCACUACCCUGAUACCCCUUACACCGAAGAUCGGAAUGGGGAAGCCUGCGAUCACCAAAAGAAAGUUUUCUCCGGGGAGGCCACGUGUAAAACAGGGUGCAUGGAGUCCCCAUAGCAGUAUGAGCUCCCCCUUGUCCUGGUCUCCAGACCAGCCAGAGGGGUGGGAUGUCCCAAAGACCAGGCAGUACUCUGGCAGCCCCAGCUGGAGCAUCAGAGUGGGGCGGGGCUCAGCCUUCCCAGGAAGAAGGAGGCCAAGAGGGGCUGGUUUGUCGGGUCGAGCCGGACGUGGCAGGGCUAGGGGCAAGAGUGGCAUGUGUCCCAGCAUCAUCCCUGGGAUCACCACAACAGAAACACCGUACCCAAUCAAGGAGGAGGAGGAGAAUGCCAUGCACAACACCGUGGUCAUAUUUUCCAGCAAUGACAGUUUCACACUCAAGCAGGACAUGUGUGUGGUAUGUGGGAGUUUCGGCCUUGGUGCUGAGGGCCGUCUUUUGGCUUGUGCUCAGUGUGGCCAGUGCUACCAUCCAUUUUGUGUAGGCAUAAAGAUCACCAAGGUGGUGCUCAGUAAAGGCUGGCGUUGUCUAGAGUGCACAGUGUGCGAGGCCUGUGGCCAGGCCACCGACCCUGGCCGCUUGCUAUUGUGUGAUGACUGUGACAUCAGCUAUCACACAUACUGCCUUGACCCCCCAUUGCAGAACGUACCCAAAGACAGCUGGAAGUGCAAAUGGUGUGUGUCCUGUACGCAGUGUGGCGCCACCACUCCAGGGCUGAGGUGUGACUGGCAGAAUAAUUACACCCAGUGUGCUCCCUGCGCCAGCCUUUCAACAUGCCCCAUCUGCCUCGUCAUCUACAGCGAAGGCACCAUCAUUGUCCAGUGCCGACAAUGUGACAGGUGGUUUCAUGCUUCUUGUCAGGGUCUCCAUUCAGAGGAAGAUGUUGAGAAGGCUGCAGAGAACUGCUUUGAUUGCACAAUGUGCCGAAAUUUCAAGACAGUUAAAGUGUUAACCAAACCCAGAGACACCAUUGAGCCUGCUGUCAUGACACAGAUUGUCACCAAAACAAGAGAAAUGGAUCUAUCGAGGACCUACACCCAGGAUGGUGUUUGCUUGACAGAGUCGGGGCUUUGUCAGCUCCAAAGCCUAUCUGCCACAGCGUCAAGGCGCAGGAAGCCCAAGCCCAAACUCAAACUAAAGAUAAUCAAUCAAAACAGUGUGGCGGUCCUUCAGGCACCCUUAGACCCCCUCUCAGAACACUCCCGGGAUGAGGACAUGGAGGGUGCUAGAGUGGAGACGGAGCUCUUGGAUUGUGAGGGGAAGUCUGACUCCAGCCCAGAGCGGGAGCCCGUGGAAGACGACUCCAAGGGGGUCGACAGCGGCAAGAAGAGGAAGAGGAAACCGUACCGGCCGGGCAUUGGUGGGUUCAUGGUGCGCCAGAGAAGCCGACCGGGCCAAGGUCCAGGCAAGGCUAAACGAUCCCUGUGUAGAAAGGAUUCAUCUGGUUCGGUGUCGGAGUGUCACAUUGGAAAAGAUGAGGUUGGGGGGUGGACAGUGGCGCUGCCUGACACGCCUGUGGAUGAGAUGCCUCCUGGAGCAGAAGUUGCGGAAAAAAUAAAAAAACGCUACCGAAAGAAGAAAACUAAACUGGAGGAGGCUUUUCCUACCUAUCUACAGGAGGCGUUCUUUGGAAAGGACCUUCUGGACAAAAGCAAACAGAGCAGGCAGCAAGGGGUGGAGUCAGGUCUAAUCGAAGAAGUGCAAAGCCAACUCGAAAGGAGGCGCUUUACCACCGGCUUCCUAAACUCUUCAGCAGACCCUCUGCUCAGCGCCCCUGCAGCAUCCCUCCCUACCAGACCACUUGCAGAACAAACGUCCGAGGAGCCAUUAGUUGAUCUAUCCGAUGUUUUGAAUACUGAUGCAGACAUCUUGGGAAUGCUCGGAAAGCCAAGCAGUGACUCUGGUCUUGAUUUUUGCUCCUUCCAGGUUGAUGGCUCACCUCCUUCUUUUGCUGGUCUGGACGUGGGGCCCCUCACAAACAGUUCCCCAGUGGCCCCCCACUCUCAGGCUGGUCGCAGGACACCUCGAAACCUUACAGAAGAACCCCUGGAUGGCAUUCUUAGUCCAGAGUUAGACAAGAUGGUCACUGAUGAAUCAAUCCUCAGCAAACUGUAUAAAAUCCCAGAGCUGGAGGGCAAGGAUGUGGAGGAUCUCUUCACCGCAGUCCUCAGCCCCAGCACAAGCCAACCACCUCCGCCACAGGUGCCUCAUCCCCAGGGUCCUGGGCCCCUCCCUACCACACCUGGAACUUGUAUCCCUCAUGCCAACAGAGGCAAUCCAAUGUUUCCAAGGAUGCCAAUGAUCAAUGGAAUGAUGGGUACAGGUCACCGCUUUCCCUCAAAUUCAGGAGCAGGGCCCUUAGUCUCAGAAAACCUCUCCCCCCUCAACCGUAUGCCUUUCAGUGACAAUCCCAGGGAUAGAAAGUUCUGUCAAAUGCCUAGAGAAGCAGUUGGUCCAUGGCCCUCGCCUGCACAUGGCCCUGGCCCCACAGCCCCUGGAUCAUUGCCUGAGGGGGAAACCGAAGCCAUGUCCAAUGCCCAAAGGAGCACACUCAAGUGGGAGAAGGAGGAGACGCUCGGCGAGCUUGCCACUGUAGCACCUGUCCUUUACACUAACAUCAAUUUCCCUAACCUCAAAGAGGAAUUCCCAGACUGGUCCACCAGAGUAAAGCAAAUUGCAAAACUGUGGAGGAAAGCUAGUUCACAAGACAGGGCCCCAUAUGUGCAAAAGGCAAGAGAUAACCGAGCCGCCCUGCGCAUCAACAAAGUCCAGAUGUCCAAUGAGACAGUGAAGAGGCACCAUCCACAGCAUCCACAGCCCCCUGAGGUGUUUGAUCCCAACAUACCACUAGACACAGAACUGCUGUUUAAAGACCCUUUGAAACCAAAAGAGUCAGAGCAUGAACAAGAGUGGAAGUUUAGACAGCAAAUGAGGCAGAAAAGCAAACAGCAAGCCAAAAUCGAAGCUACUCAGAAACUGGAGCAAGUUAAGAACGAGCAACUGCAACAGCAACAGCAGCUGCAACAGACCAACAUGCAGACUGAGGGAGAUGGCAACAACAGCGGGAACCAGAGCCCAGCCUCACUACCUAGCAAUGGAAGCACAUCCCCAAUGCAACAGCUAAAUGCUAAAGACAGCUUUGCGAGGCCACAGUUACCAGGGACACCAACAUCGUGUCCUUCCGAUGAUGUGUUCUUACGACCCCCUCCUCCUCCUCCAUCUGGCUCGUCUUCCCAGCCUCAGUCCCCACAGGUUUUCUCACCGGGCUCCUCUGGAUCCAGACCUUCAUCUCCAUGGGACCCAUAUGGCAAGAUGGUAGGGACUCCAAGACCACCAACUCUCGGGCCAAAUGCCUGUCGUAGAACGCCUAUGGAAUCUGGUAAAUCUCCCACGUCCUUGAUGGAACAGCAGGACCGAGGAAGGCCUUCCCCUGCCCAUGAUAACUUUGGCUCGCCAACAUCCAUUAGCAGUGAUCCUUAUGCCAAACCUCCCGACACUCCAAGGCCAUCUGGAGAAAUGGACCCCUUUCUGAAGCCCAUGGGGCCACCCAGGUCCAGCCACGCUGCUCAGGGAAGACCCCCAAUGGGCUCACCAGGCAGAGAGCCAUACUCUAGGCCCAUGAUAAGAAAUGAAGCUUAUCAACGUAUGGCUCAGAACAGGAUGAUAUUGUCUGACCCUUACUCAAGACCUCUACUGACACCGAUCCCUGGAAGCAAUGAGUCUGGCUCUGUACCACUGUUCAAGACACCAAUGCCCCCGCCACAGGCUCAUGAAGCCUUAUACCGAGUAGGUCAACAUCCUGCAGACAGGUUCUCCCAGAAUCAACAGGCUGACCCUUAUGCACAGCCCCCGCACACCCCAAGACCAUCUGGGAAUGACAACUUUACCAGUCCGCCUCGUAUGGGCCAACAUCAACCUCAAGCACACUCGUUUAGUCAGCACGGACAAAUUGCGCAAAUGUCUAGAAAUCCUUAUACCCACGCACCUUCCACUCCAAGGCCGGAUCACUUCACAUACGACCCAUUUUCCCAGCCUGCAGGUAAUCCUCGACCCGAACCUAAUGCUCAACCUCGUCCAUUUUUUGAGCCUUAUGCUAGACCUCCUGGCACCCCACGUCCUCACGACAACUAUAAUCAACCAUCAAACAACCCGAGCCCAUCUUCGGAUCCUUACUCGCAUGCUCCCGCCACCCCUCACCCCAGUGGAAUGAACCAGUUCCUUCAUCAGUCACACCCUGCCCAGAGGAUGUCACCUUCCCACUCUGUGGACCCUUAUGCUCAGCCACCAGGUACACCCCGACCCGUUGCUUUGGAGAGGUUUCCCAAGUCACCAGGUACCGGUCGAGGGCCAGUUGAGGCGUUUACUAGUGCGUCUGGGUCAUCAAGACCGGGGAGUAAUGACAUGUUUUCCCAGCCUGGGAACCCCCGCACAAUGAUAAAUGAUCCCUACGCCCAGUCUCCAGCGACCCUGCAUCCUGCGCCUGAUGGAGUCAAUAGACAAGCAUUAAGGCAAGGAUCUAUGGGAACUCAGGACCCAUUCUCUGCCCCUCAAGGCAGGCUUCAGGAAAAUUUCCCUCAUCCAGGCUCACAAACACCCAAACAUCCAUGUGUACCAGAUGAUGGAUUUACCCGGUCACCCUCCAGGAGACACAGUCAGACGCCUGGUCAUGACCCUUUUGAACAAGCCCCUCUGACCCCUCGUCCACAGUCAGAGAAGAUUGAAGUUAAAGAUCAGUCAAGUCUGGGUAACAAUGCAAUUCUCCCUCAAGACCCAAGCCAGCUGCCUAACAACCCCCAAAUGCCUGUUGUGUCCUCUGACGCUCAGGUUGCUAUGGCUGAAAAUGAAGAGAGACUCAGACAGCGGCAACGCAUUCGAGAACUAAUCCUGAAGCAGCAGCAACAAAGGAGUGCCAUUCGACAAGAGCGGGGCCCUCAAGAUGGUCCUGGCAACUUGGCUCCUAGAACACCACGGCCGUGGCCCCAGGAAGACCCUGGACAACAGGGGGAUAUGUUCAACCGACCUCCUCCACCUUAUCCUGGACAAGGACCCAUAAGAGGGCUAAUGAGGUUUCCUGGACCUUUUCCAGCAGGACAUGAAGGACAAAUGCCUCAGGGCCCACACCUCGGAGAUCCUAAUUUGACACACCAGGGGCCAAGGUUUUCAUUUCCAUCUGGUGCUCUAGGGCCUCAUUCAGCCCAAGAACCGUUUCCACGUGGACAACAUCCAGUGCAGAAUGUUCCUCCUCAGAUGAGACGAUCCAUGUCUGCCGAAAUGGCAAAGGCAGUUGGCGGUAAUCCUAUGGCUCUGCACCAGCACUUUCCACCACGCGGUAUGCCAGUACAACAGCAUAACAUUAUGGGCCAGCCCUUCAUCGAACUUCGAUACAGAGCAGCAGAAAACAGGCCACGCGUGGCAUUUCCAGCAGUUGGUAUGCAAGGAAGCAACAUGGAUCCCAACAUCCAAGCUCAAAGGCCACAAGGCUUGCCAGAGACGCCAGAAAACAGAUUUCCAUUAAUUCAGGGGGCCAGGAUGUUGGAACCAAUGGCCAGCCAGACUGGCCAUGCACCCCUUUCCGCCAGCAUGGACAAUCUUCAUCAGCAAUCCCAAAUGUCAUCGAACAACUCACUCAAACAAUCUCCUUUGAUGAGAUCCAUGAGCCAGCCUGCUCCAAAUGAGGCCCAGAACAUGUCUGCAUCCAUCAUCCUGUCUGCUCCCCCUACUGGUCAGAAUGAUACUGUGGCUGCCAGUGACACUGGAGAGGAGAAACUGGAUACAGAGGAAUCUGCAGUAAAAGAUCUUGAAGAUGUAGAAGUGAAAGACUUAGUGGAUGCUGACUUAGAAAACCUUAAUUUGGAUACUGAAGAUGGCAAAGACCUAGACCUUGAGACAAAUGACCUACAUCUUGAUGACUUUCUGACAUCUGGGAAAUUUGACAUCAUUGCUUAUACAGACCCUGAUCUUGAUGACAUCAAAAAAGACAUGUUCAACGAGGAACUGGAUCUCAGUGAUCCUAUGGAUGACAGUGCUGACACUGCUGUGAUGACCAAAAACUUGGACCCCACUCAAAGCGAAGCCUCAUCCAGUUUAGCAACUGCACUGGAGAAGACAGACGCUACAGGUGAUAAAUCAUCAAACGAGGUCAAACUCGACACUCCUGGGAGUCAGGAUUGUGCUACUUUAGCACAUGGGAGAGAAAUUAAAACGGAGGUCAACGACUGUCAGAAAUCCCCAGAGGUCGCUGGGAACUCCAUGGAAUCAAACCAGCAAGGAGCCCUCUCUGAAUCCACCCCUGUGCUGUCCAGUUUACUCAUUAAGCAGCAGCCUGAAGAGCAGUCGUUAAACCCAAUGGUUGAAGAUGUCACUCAAGGCAGUAACCUCCUGCCCCAGCAGAACCUAGGCACUGAGAGUGAGCAUACAAUAGCCAGCACCACUGUUGCUGGAGAGUCUUCGAUGACGGACUUUGGAGAAGACCACCAGGUGGAGCAACAGGUUUUGAACCAGACCUUGAUUCAGCAUGGCCAACACCGUCCACUUCUACUGGAGGAACAGCCCCUCCUAUUGCAGGACCUCUUAGAUCAGGAGAAGCAAGAGCAACAGCAGCAAAGACAGAUGCAGGCCAUGAUACGACAGCGUUCCAGUGACUCUUUCUUCCCCAACAUUGAUUUUGACGCGAUUACUGACCCAAUCAUGAAAGCCAAGAUGGUCGCCCUGAAAGGCAUCAACAAAGUCAUGGUUCAAAACAACAUUGGAAUGGCUCCAGUGGUUAUGAACAGGUUACCACCUGGCCCCGUAGCACCUUCUCCUGAAAGCGCAACACUCCCCCCACAAGUUGUAGGACAGGAUGGCAGAUUGACACAAGUACCACGACCGAAUCCUCCUAAUUUUGGACCGGGAUUUGUUAACAAUGCUCAAAGGGCACAGUAUGAGGAGUGGCUGCAGGAGACUCAGCAACUUCUUCAAAUGCAGCAGAAGUUUCUAGAGGAGAAGAUCGGAGCUCAUAGGAAGUCAAAGAAAGCUUUGUCUGCCAAGCAAAGAACGGCGAAGAAGGCAGGGAGAGAGUUCCCAGAGGAGGAUGCUGAGCAGCUCAAGCAUGUCACAGAGCAGCAGGGCGUAGUGCAGAAACAACUAGAACAGAUCCGCAAGCAACAAAAGGAGCAUGCUGAACUCAUCGAAGAAUACCGAGUGAAACAGCAACAAAACAACAUGACACCCUUAAUGCCUGGGAUGCAUUCAGUGCCGGGUCCUGCUGGCCUCAUUCCCGGUGGACCACCAAUGGUCCAGCCUCAGAUGAACCCCGUGAUGCAAAUGCCACUUCAUUCUGGGCCGCCAAAAGCCCCUCCACGAAUGCCCAAUCCACCACCGGGCUGGCACCCUGGCACUCCUGAUCCCAUGGGAGGACCUGGAAUGCCACCUAUAAUGGCCCCGCAGAUACAUGCAGGAAACCCAGUGCAGCCUCAUCAGAUGCCGAUGACUAACAUGCUUCAACACUCACAAGUACCAGUGGAGCCCCAAUUGGCAGCAACUCCUCAAGGGGCUGUUAAACCCAUACAGACGGGUGGUGUGAAAUUUGAUGAUAACAAUCCAUUCAGUGAGGGCUUCCAGGAGCGGGAGAGGCGGGAGAGGCUCCGGGAACAACAGGAGAGACAGCGGGUACAGCUUAUGCAGGAAGUUGAACGGCAGAGAGCCCUGAAACACCGCAUGGAAAUUGAGCAGCAAGGUAUGAUUGGGCCAGAUGGGAACAUAGCGCCGCUCGCUCAGAUGCCGUUUUUUAACUCUGAGCUACCACAGGAGUUCAUGCAGCCCCAGAGGCUUCCUGUACAACAGCAGCAACAACACACACCUGUGUUUCCCCAGCAGCAAGGCAUGUGCUCAUCAACUGGCACAUUUAUGCAAGGUGAACGGCGGCCCAUGAUGGGGAACGGGAUGAUACCGCCAGAAAUGGGGUCCGGUUUUGGGCCAGAUAAACUCUGCCUACCAGCGUCCAACUUUCCACAGGGUCAGCCCAGACCUCGUCAGUUCACUGGACCCGGGAUGAUGCUUCCGAUGCCAGGCGAAGGUCCGCCAUUUGCAAAUGACUCAGCUACACCUCUUCCAUCGAACUUCCCAGGCUCAGGGCAAUCUUUAAUCCAACUGUACUCCAACAUCAUACCAGACGAGAAAGGAAAAAAGAAAAGAACCCGCAAAAAGAAAAAAGAUGACGACGCAGAUUCAAUCAAAACUCCUUCAACGCCACACUCGGACCUCACCGCUCCAUUGACGCCGUGCGUCUCAGAUACCUCUUCGACGCCAACCAGGACCCCUCAUCUGUUUGGAGAACAAGACCUGUCAAGAUCCCCGCUUGGAUGUUCUACUCCGAGUCACUCUGAGCUAGAGAGGCAACUCUCUGUAGGACAGGCCGGACCGUUGCUGGACGCGACGAGGGCACAGGCUCAGGAGCACGAGAGGAUCCUCAGCAACAUCAAGUUGGAGCAGACCGACGCCAGCGAGUGUCACGGGUCAAGAGAAGGCCCAGUAGGCGCCGAGAUGAGCUCUGUGAAGGAGGAGGGCGGCAAAGGGAGCAGGUCUCCCUUCCCUGCCGGGCAGAGUCCAAACAAGGGUGAAGCUGGCAACGAGCUACUUAAGCACCUACUGAAGAACAAGAGUGCGACUCCACCCGAAUUCUCCCAGCAGCAGUCGAUGGAGAGCCUACGAUCGGAGGAGGAGGAACCUGCGGACUGCAAAGCCCUGCUCAGGCAAAGCUCUGUGGACAGCAAUGGGGCGUAUUCUGAUGGCACCCUGGACUUUCAAAGGCAUCUCUUCAAUGAACAGGAGAAGAAGAAAGGAAGGAACAAAAGAACCCCAAAAGGAGGAGAGAAACCUCCCUCUCGCUACAAGAAAAGGAAGAAGGAAGGCGAUGAAAGGCAACUAAUGCACUCUGGCCCUGACCCAGUGAUGACCCAAAUAAAACAGCAGCUCUCUCUGCUGCCUCUCAUGGAGCCACUGAUCGGGGUCAACUUUGCCCACUUUGCUCCCUACGGUAGUGGUCAGUUAAAUGGAGAGAACCUCUUGUCAGGCACCUUUGGCAGUGCCUCACUAGAUGGCGUCUCUGACUAUUACUCCCAGCUGGCCUACAAGCAGAGUAACCUGAGUAACCCACCAACACCUCCAGCAUCUCUUCCUCCCACCCCGCCACCUGUGAAUCGUCAGAAAAUGAUCAAUGGCUUUGCUACAACAGAAGAGCUGGCCAGCAAAGCAGCUGCCAUGGUGUCCAAAGGCCUUGUUCCAAAGCCGCUACACGUCCCGUUUAGGACUGAGGAAGAUCUGCUAGCUCGGGCCAUUGCUCAGGGACCCAAAACAGUGGAUGUUCCCGCAUCCCUUCCGACUCCUCCCCACAACAACCAGGAAGAACUGAGUAACAGAGGACAGGAGCUUUGCAAGGCAAGGGACACGCCUGACAGUUUUGUUCCAUCCUCGUCCCCUGAGAGUGUGGUUGGCAUGGAAAUCAGUCGUUAUCCAGACCUGUCAUUGGUGAAGCAAGAGCCACCGUCCCCCUGCGUCUCCCCUGUGCUCCCCAUGCUUCCUGCGCCGGAUGGGAAAGGAUCAGAAGUCAAAUUGCAACAUAUUAAGGCUGAGCCUUCGGGAGCAUUCUUUGGACCCCCGUUUGGUCCCAUGUCUAACGAUUCCAAACCAGGGCUGGUUUCUGUAGCUAUCACAUUGAGACCAGCUGCAGCAGAAAACAUCACUGGAGUGGUGGCAGCCAUUUCAGAGCUGCUUUGUGUGAAGAUCCCCAGCAGCUAUGAGGUCAGCAGCACCCCAGACCGUGGGCCCAUAUCUAUGCUCACUUGUCCACGUGGGGAGCUUCGCCCACCCAUGCUUUUCCAUGGACAGGGAGACAACAUAGGCCUUCAUGGUCGUCCGGGACAGAUGAUCAGACCUGGCGGUGCAAUGGGAAUGAUGCAACAGCAGGCACAUAAUUUCCGCUUCCAUCCCAGCAGCCCAGGCUCUGCCCUAGCUCGAGGACUUGACCAGAGAACUCUUGGCAGCCCUGGAUGUAAACCUCAGUGGUGCUGCAACUGCAAAGUGGUGGUCCUGGGAAAUGGAGUGCAGAAAUCCAUCAAAGAGCUCCCCUCUCACAUAAAGGAAUCUGUCAGCCGUUUCAAAGACGAGCUGGUCUUCUGCAGUCAGAACUGCUUCCUACUCUACUGCUCCUCACCAAUGCAGUCCAGGUCAUCUACGGAAUCAAAGGAAUCAUUGACCCAUCUCGCCACCUCGGAUCAGACAGAAAUCUUCUGCAAAGCCCAGCACCAGUACAACAACAACAUGUCCUCAAUGGAUGUUCAUUGCCUAGCCCGGCUUGAGCCUAAACACUCUCCCCCGUCCACGCCCCCAAUCCCCUUCCCCAUGGCUGGGGAGACAGCCAGGUCUGACGCCAUCAAAGUGACGGUGAAGCUAAAGGCCCGGCCGAGGUCCCACGAGACCUGGCAUCAGGUAAAGAGACAAAAGGGUCUUCGAUGGAGAAAGUGGACCGUCCAGGUUGUGGUGCCGAGAGGAAACUCUCAGCUCCCAGAUGAAGAUAAGAUUGAUGAUCUCCUGAAGAAACUCGGCGCCUCCUUACGACAUCCCGUUUCGCUGCGGGACCACAGGCGCUGUUGUUUCUGCCACCAGUUCGGAGAUGGAAUCACUGACGGUCCCGCUCGCUUGCUUAAUCUAGACCUGGACGCGUGGGUGCACCUCAACUGUGCCCUGUGGUCCACAGAGGUGUACGAGACGCAAGCUGGCGCCCUUAUCAACGUGGAGCUCGCGCUGCGUCGUGGCCAAACAGUGCGCUGCGUCUACUGCCAGCAGACAGGCGCUACCAGCGGCUGCCACCGCUUACGUUGUACCAAUGUCUACCACUUCACCUGUGCCCUGCAAGCUCACUGCACUUUCUUUAAGGACAAGACCAUGCUGUGCCACGCCCACAGACCACGGGGCACGGCCGGACAUGCUCUGGAGCACGAACUGCGCUGCUUCGCCGUCUUUCGACGCGUUUACGUCCAAAGAGACGAAAUGCGCCAGAUGGCAACGGCUGUGCAGCAACCCGAGUUGGGCUACACCUUCCGAAUAGGUAGCUUGGUGCUACAUGCCAUCGGCCAACUCACGCCCACGCAAAUGGCAGCUUUCCACUCCACGACUGCCAUCUUUCCAGUCGGCUACGAGGCGUGUCGUAUAUACUGGAGCAUGCGCCAUGGCAACCGCCGUUGCCGCUAUGUCUGUUCUGUCGAGGAAAAAGAUGGACAACCUGAGUUUACCAUCAGAGUCAUUGAACAGGGCUACCAAGAUAUGGUCCUGACUGACAUCUCAGCUAAAGGAGUGUGGGAUAAGGUUCUGGGUCCUGUUGCAGAAAGAAGAACUGAAUCGGGCACACUGAAGCUCUUCCCAGUUUAUCUCAAAGGGGAGGACCUGUUUGGGCUCACGGCGUCUGCUGUUGCCAAGAUCACGGAAUCGCUCCCUGGAGUGGAAGCAUGUGACAGGUACACAUUCCGUUACGGACGCAACCCUCUCAUGGAGCUGCCUCUCGUGUUCAAUCUGGCUGGCAGUGCCAGGGCCCAGCCAAGAACCGGCUCUCCUCGCACCUCUCUGGUCAUCAGGGUGCAGGCGGUAUCUGGUGGCAGUGCCAGGUCUAACCAGAAUGUGGCCCAAGGAGAAGGUGGCGCACCUCACAGCAAGCCCCCAGUAGUGCACCCCAGAUCAUCGCAGUACCGCUGGAUGAAAAGCGAGUGGAGAGCCAAUGUCUACCUAGCCCGCUCUCGCAUACAAGGCCUGGGGCUGUUUGCUGCUCGAGACAUGGAGAAACAAACAAUGGUGAUUGAGUACAAUGGAACCGUCCUCCGUAAUGAGGUAGCCAUCAGGAAGGACAAGGUCUAUAGAUCUCAGAAUCGGGCGGUGUUUAUGUUCCGCAUCGACAGCGAGCAUGUUGUAGAUGCAACUAGAUCAGGAGGGCUCGCCAGGUACAUCAACCACUCUUGUGCCCCAAACUGUGUUGCCGAGGUGGUAACGUUUGAAAGGGGUUACAAAAUCAUCAUCAGCUGCAUCUGCCGGAUUGAAAGGGGAGAGGAGCUGUGCUUCGACCACCAAUUCGACCCCGUUGCCAGUGAGCACAAGGUGGCGUGCCACUGUGGCGCUCCAGAAUGCAGGAAGUGGAUCAACUGAACGAAGAGAGGGCAAUGACGACGAACCUUCAAAAGGAAAAAAAAAAAAAAAAAGCAUUCCUGCUUCUCGCCUGCGGAUGCCAAGAAGGCUCAGUUUCACACUGAAGUCGUCUUGUGAACCAGCAGAAGUCGUGCGAGUUGGAUGGAGGUGAAAGAAACACAGUAGCAGGACGCGACGUGUGCCAUAAUGUGUGAGGCUGUUUUAUUGCAACGUGUGUGUGUGUCUGUAAACGCGGGUGUGGAAUUCACCAUCGAAUGAGAAAGCACUGUGCAAGGUGCGGCCUUAUUGCUUACUAAGGGCAGGCCCUUUUGUGUGUUGUGUGUGUGUGUGUGUCAUACUACAUACUGUACGUGUAUGACUAAAUGUCGACAUCACUGAAUGAGGAAUGUACAGCAAUGAAUACUGCGAAGGGAAUAUUAACUUGCACUAAAAAAACAACAAAAAUGAAAAAAAAAAAUGGACACAAACACAACUUUAAAAAUACUUGAUUCCAUGAGUCAGUUUUAUCAUAGGUCUCUGUCAUGUGAUUUGUGUGGAAUUUUGUAUUUAUUACCGAGUGAAUGAAUUUGAUUCUCUACAUGAAUGACGAGUUAAGGAAGGCUAGAUAUGUUUUGUGAAGUUAGAAGACGACGCUGUUACUUUUUUGUAUAAAUGUACAUAAAGAAAAAGUAUAGGAAUAACCGACCAAAUACUACCUUAACCUUCUCGAUGUUGGGUGUUUUUAGAUUUUCUUCUCCUCCUUCCUGUUCUGUUUGUCAAUGAAAUUUAUUUAAGAUUGAACGUUAUUUCUGUUUGAGAGUAUAUAUUAUGAUUAUUAUGUACAGAAUUUGUAAUAUAACCACAAUAAUUCACAAAGUAUUUUUGUUGUAAAAGUAAGGUAUUGUAGCUGUAGUGUUUUGUGACUUACACACACUUUAACCACUCAAACAUGAAAGAAAACUAUUUUUGUUGAUAAAUGAUCAGUCGCAGAAUGAAAAUAUCAGCUCUCCAAAUGGCGACAGAUUGUCUGCGUCUGUUUGCUGUUAAUCAGGUUUGAUUUUAAAUGAACUGUGAAUUAGGUUUUGAAACCCAAAAGGACAACUUUUUAACUUUUUAACACAAAUAGGAACACCGUGUAAUUAUGUUGCUUUUAAAACAAGGUGCAAGUGUCUGAUGAUUAUGAUGAUGAUAACAUCGACAAACCAGUGUGUGUGGGUGCGUGUGUGUGUGCGCGCGCGUGUGUGUUUGUUUGACAGAAAGAAUUGCCGGGGAACUUUUGCCACCGUCGCUUCUCUCUCUUUUGGAUAGAAAUGGCAUUGUCUUUAAUCAGAACUAUUUCUUAUACUAACACACAGUCACACGUCACAUGCGUAGAAAAUGGAAGCGUUUUUUGCCUGCACAAUUUCAAGUGGACUGUAAAAUUUUGGAGACAGUCUUAGAACUUGUAAUGUAUAUGGCAUGUAUUUUUUUAACUUUCCGAAGACUCAAUUGUAUAUAUUUUCUCAAUGAAUGGUUGUAACAAAA